CGCGGCGACAUGGCUGGAGCGACAGUACACACCCCUGCACGCGCGGUGGCUCGCGUGCUCGCGCUGCUGGCGGCCCGGGGCCUCCUCGCAGCUGCAGGCCCGGCGCACGUGUUCGACAUCGGCACGCCGCAGCUGUUCGGCAUGGGGUUCGGCACGCAGGGCUCCAAGGCCCAGCAGGGAGUCUACGGCCAGCAGAGCAGGCUCGGCCAGCAAGGGGCCUUCGGCCAGCAAGGCCUGCACGGACAGCAGGGACCGCACGGCCAGCAGGGGUCCUACUUGCAGCAGGGCUUCGCGGGACAGCAAGGGCCUCUGGGCCAGCAAGGGCCUCUCGGACAGCAAGGCCUGCACGGACAGCAGGGACCACACGGCCAGCAGGGACUUCAAGGCCAACAGGGCCCGGCAGGACAGCAAGGUCUCCUAGGACAACAAGGGUUGUACGGUCAGCAGAGUGCGAUACAGCAGCAAGGUCUUGCUGGGCAGCAAGGGCCUUUGGGGCAGCAAAGUUUUCCCGGACAGCAGGGGCUUUUUGGACAACAAGGUCUCGCCGGACAGCAAGGACAUUUAGGCCAACAAGGAUUCCCCGGGCAACAAGGUCUUGCAGGACAACAAGGAGCUUUGGGCCAACAAGGUUUUCUCGGGCAACAAGGGCUUCUUGGACAGCAAGGUUUCCCCGGACAGCAAGGUUUCCCCGGACAGCAAGGCCUUCAUGGACAACAAGGUAUUGGAGGACAACAAGGGCCGCUCGGACAACAAGGUUUCCCAGGACAGCAAAGUAUUAUUGGACAACAAGGUGUGGCGGGACAACAAGGCCUUCAGGGCCAACAAGGACUCGCCGGACAGCAAGGAUUUCAUGGUCAGCAGGGCUUAGGUGGACAGCAAGGUCCUCUUGGACAGCAGGGACCAGCUGGACAACAGAGUCCUCUAGGACAGCAAAGUGUCUAUGGGCAGCAAAGUGACAUUAUUAUAUGAUAAUUUUAGUGACAAUUUUUUAAUCAGUAUUGGCCCUUCGAGUAAGACGUCAAUUUUAAUAUAUUGGGUUGUGUGUAUUCAAUGAACAAGAUAUGUAGCUACAUGAGUGGUGGUGAAGAUGUGUGCUGAUGCUUAGUCGCGGGCUAGGUGUCUCUAGGUAAUGCCAUGGUUGUGGACGGCACGACAUAUCUGAUUAUAUUAUCAUGGCGAUGAUAUUCUACAAUAGUUGGCCAAUUCAUUAGCAAAGUUGAACAUUAAAACAUAUUUCUUACUGUUUAAUACAGCUCAUAAAUACAUUUCACAACUAAGGCAAGGCAAUACUUCAAUAUCGAGAGAAACUAGUAUCUAUAUAACAGUAAUCGUUGUAAUAUUUUUAAUAUAUUAAGAAAUAAAUUAUUGUGUAAAGUUUUUUUAAUAAGUAAUAUUUAAGCUUCAUCUUAAACCACAAUAGCAAAUAUGUACCCCUUGGUUAUUUUAAACUUUCAAAUAAAACUCAGUAUACCACUCAAAUUUUUGGGUUACUUUAAAAUUUUGCCAGAUGUUAUAAAUGUCAAAACAUUUGUGGUGAGAUAAAGUAGAUUUCACAUGUAUGAAAAAAUGUAAAUUAGUGCAAGUUAUUUCUUAGGGUUUCAAAUGUUUUAAUGAGAUUAAUUUUCUUUAUGUUUUCAACAAAAGAGUGCAUAUAAAGUCAUUAAACUUACUCAAAGUUUUAAUAUGCGAUCAUUGACUAGCGAGUUCUCAAAAGAGUUGUUGAUAUCUUUGAGAAUCUGGUAUUAAAAUAAGGUUAUAUUUACUUGUGGUAUUUAGCCUUAGCCUCAUUCGAGAGUUUUUUAGUUCAAUUUCUUUUCACUAAAUUGGAAAUAAAAUAUUUUCAUACAUUUUUAAUGUCUUUAAUACAACUAAGUACUGAGGCAUUUCCUUCAAAAUCUUUUCUCUUUGCUCUUAACAGAAAAUUUUCCAAUAUUCCAAAGUGUUGCUGGGGUCAAGCACAAAAAUAAAAGUUUAAGAUUAUAUUUUUUAACUUAAAUUCCAAACAAUUAUUAUUUAGGUUUACUGAGAACGUUUUAGUAAUUAAACAUUAGAAGUUUCUACAAUUCUGUGGUCAUUCGGUAAAUCAUACGAUUCAUAUGUGUGAAAGUUAUAAAAGACUUCAUAAGUGUUAACAAAAUUUCAAUUUACUGCAGUUUUCUUGAAAAGAAUUAUUUUAAAAUUUUACCAGUAAAAUAAUAAUUUAUAAAGAAAAAUAAAAAGGAUUCUUGUAAAUUUUCGUACUUGUAUAAUAUUAUACAUAACGACAAAUGCAACUUUUUUAGUAAGAAUUGAAUAUCGUACUAAUAUGAAGUGAGGUUGAACUGUAAAAAAUAUAUAGAAUCACAUAUAAAUAAUCAGUUAUUUUACAUUUAACUCAUGUAAUUUUGAAAAUACCUGUAUAGUUGGUGUAAUUUUGUACAUAUGUUUCUAAAAAAACCUAAUGGUGCUACGGGCUUCGGCUAAUAUACACGAAUGUACACCUGUUAUUAAAACUAACAUGUUUAAUUACACAUUUGUAUGUAAAGAUGCAAUUACACUUCCAACAAGUGUAAAAUUAAUCAUUGUCCAGAUUUUUUCAAUGCAGUAUGCUUUAAGGCACACACGACUUCAUUGUGAAAUUGCAAAAUAUUUGUCAGAGUAAAUAACGUAAAUAACAACUUAAGUUUAACUGCAAAUAUAUUUAUAUAUAUAUAUAUUACAACCCAUUUUGCAAAGAUUCAUUAGUGUGCACGACUUUAAACUAAUAACCAUAACAUCUGGGGUUCGAUACUCCUCUAAGUCAAUCAGAUUAUAAGAAGUGUAUACUUGAACAUUUGAAGUGAUAAAAUAAACAAAUUUUCUCUAAAUAAAAAACUUUUCAUUAACAGCUAUAAGAUGCGAAAAAAAAUUGUUUCGAGGUAUUCGUGGG